AGCCCGCAGCGGCUCCCUGCUCAGAGCGCUCCCGGCGCGGAGAGGAGAGCGGGCGGGCGCCGGGGGCCGGCAGGUGCGGGGGGCGAGGAGGGCAGGCAGGCACGGAGCAAGGGGCUGCUCGGGGCUGCUCGGGGCUGCAGACGGCGGCGUCGGGGCCCCGGCCCCGGCCCUUCCCGCGCCCUCGCGCCAGGUCUCCGCGCCCAGAGCGCACGGCGGAGAGCAGGACCCGGCACUGGCCGCCUGGCCGCCAUGGAGCCGACCCCCUCGGCCGACGGCGAGCUGCAGUCCGUGCUGCUCGCCAACGCGUCGGACGCCUUCCCCAACGCCUUCCCCAGCGCAGGCUCCAAUGUGUCGGGGCCACCGGGCGCACGGAGCGCCUCGUCCCUCGCCCUGGCGAUCGCCAUCACCGCGCUCUACUCGGCAGUGUGUGCAGUGGGGCUGCUGGGCAAUGUGCUCGUCAUGUUUGGCAUCGUCCGGUACACUAAGAUGAAGACAGCAACCAACAUCUACAUUUUCAACCUGGCCUUGGCUGAUGCAUUAGCCACCAGCACGCUGCCCUUCCAGAGUGCCAAAUAUUUAAUGCAGACGUGGCCUUUCGGGCAGCUGCUCUGCAAGGCUGUGCUCUCCAUUGAUUACUACAACAUGUUCACCAGCAUUUUCACACUCACCAUGAUGAGUGUCGACCGCUAUAUUGCUGUCUGCCACCCAGUCAAGGCCCUGGACUUUCGCACACCUGCCAAGGCCAAGCUGAUCAACAUCUGCAUCUGGGUGCUAGCCUCUGGUAUCGGUGUACCCAUCAUGGUCAUGGCUGUGACCCGUCCUCGAGAUGGUGCAGUGGUGUGUAUGCUCCAGUUCCCCAACCCCAGCUGGUACUGGGACACGGUGACCAAGAUCUGCGUGUUCCUCUUGGCCUUCGUGGUGCCCAUCCUCAUCAUCACCGUCUGCUACGGCCUGAUGCUGCUGCGCCUGCGCAGCGUGCGCCUGCUGUCGGGCUCCAAGGAGAAGGACCGCAGCCUGCGGCGCAUCACGCGCAUGGUGCUGGUGGUGGUGGGCGCCUUCGUGGUGUGCUGGGCGCCCAUCCACAUCUUCGUCAUCGUCUGGACGCUGGUGGACAUCGACCGCCGCGACCCGCUGGUGGUGGCGGCGCUGCACCUGUGCAUCGCGCUGGGCUACGCCAACAGCAGCCUCAACCCUGUGCUCUACGCCUUCCUCGACGAGAACUUCAAGCGCUGCUUCCGCCAGCUCUGCCGCGCGCCCUGCGGCCGCCCGGAGCCCCGCAGCUUCAGCCGCGCGCGCGAAGCCACGGCCCGGGAGCGGGUCACCGCCUGCACGCCGUCCGACGGGCCGGGCGGGGGCGCCGCCGCCUGAGCCGAGAGAGCCGGCCGCUGCGCCCCCCUCCGGCCCGACUCCGCCAUCACAGCCGUCUCGUGGAGGCGGGGCCGGGGACCCCAGGGGGCUUGCUUUCGGAAAAGGCGGAUGGAGUCUGAGAGAGGGGCCCUUGCCGUGGGGAGACCCCUGCUCAGGGGCUGGGUGCCUCUGAGCUGAGGGCACUGCCUGCAGGGGGCUGGGGGCUGGGGCCUGGGUUUGGGAGGUGGGCGGGGCCCCAGUCUUGGGACAGCCGGGCAGAAGUGGGGGGGUCCAGCCUGAGACCUGAAGAUCCCCUGCAGGAACCCAGCACUGGUGUGAGGGGACGGGGCUGGAGAACUGAGCUGCAAGAUCGUGCCUCCCUGUAGGUGGAGAGGGACUCUGGGGAAUUGUGAGCACAGCUCAUGACGUGGCCAUGAGAUCUGUGUACUGGAGGUAGAGGUCUCAGUUCUGGAGUAGAAUGUUAGCCCUGAGUUCUGAAUUCUGUGUGGUACUUGGCGAGGUUCAGGUCCAGAAAGAGAAAAAAACCGAGGGAGGCGAGAGACCCAAGGAAGAGAGAGAUAGAACACCUUGUUUCAUUUCCUUGGAGUGGGCAAGAAUGCCCGUCAGCAUUGCAGAAACGUCUCUAGCACUGAGCUCCAGUGGGGCCUGGGGCGGCAUAGUGAACCAGGGUGGUGGCCACAGGAUAGCGCAGUGAGUGGGACAGGACCUCCGUUGAGGUCGCUUCUCCACCCCACGCCACCCCACCCCAACCCCUCCCCCAAGUUGUAAAGUUCUAAGUGGGCUAGGGAAGGAACAAUGAAGCUUCUGAUCCUUCAGUGUCAAAAUUGGAGGUGGGGGCUUAUCUCUAUGCCAAGGGGUGCUGGGUGGAGUGAAGGUAGGGUGUGAUUCUGCUUUGAAGUAUGGCCCUUAGAUCAGAUUAGACACUUUGGAGUCCCCAAGACCCUGACCUGACUUCUAGGUCAGAGAUGCUGGGGGACAGAAGACCACACCAGUUAGAGCUCUGUGGAUAGUAAAUGCAUCUGGGCCUCGGUGAGUGUAUCCAAAGGACCAGUGUGGACUUCCCUCCUCUUGGCUUCUGGCGUUGGGCUCCUGAAAAGAACCUCCAAGAAAUCCUCUCUCCCUUGGGCACAGCAUGAUGCUUAUGCAACUUUCAUGCCUGAGGCUCCAGAGUCCCGGGUUCAAUCCCAGAUACUACCAAAAGCCAGGGCUGAGCAGUACUCUGGUAAAAUAAAUAAUAAAAUGAAAAAUAAAAAUGAAUUUCUUUCUCCCUUCUCCCAACAUCUUCCUGUACCUAGUGUUUCCAAUGAACUGGACUUGCUCACACAGGCACCUGACUUCAAAAGAGCUAGAGACAAAAGGCUUUUUAUUUUAUUAAUUAUCUUAUUUAUGGGAUAGAGACAGCCAGAAAUCUAGAGAGAAGGGGGGUGAUAGCGAAGGAGAGAGACAGAGAGACACCUGCAGCACUGUUUCACCACUCAUGAAGCUUUCCCCUUGCAGGUGGGGACAGGGAGAUCCAACCCCGGUCCUUGCGCAUUGUAAUGUGCGCUCAACCAGGUGUGCCACCACCUGGCCCCUAGUAAAGGGCUUUUAUAACCACCCUGCUUGCAUCACUUUGUGCUCUCAUAUCCCUUCCUGCCACACCUCACCCCAGCUUCCCAAGUUCUCACCUGCUCUAGCCACCACUCUUUAAACUACUCGGGGUGAGGUUCACCCAGAACUAGACAUAAAGUCUUUAUUGUCAGUUGCUCAGUGUUUUGGGCCCCUUCCUCUUCACCCCCCAAUCUAGUGUUCAUGGCCCUUCCCUUCCCCAGAUCAAGAUCUGUCCUUGUUCCCUGGGCCUCCCCAAUGCUUCACUUCCUCCCCCUUUCCCCCAGAUACUGCCUUAGCCAUACACCCUUGACUCCCUAUGGAAGCACUGUGCUGACAUCCCUUGUAAAAAUAAAUUUAAUGUUUUCCCUUUUUGGGACAGAUGGAAAGAAAUUGACGUCUUUGUCUCAAACAAGAGAAAAAGAAACAAUACACUUCUUUUGACAGUCAUUUUCUUGGAACAAAAGCCUUUCCCAUCAUCUGAGAAACUGUCACUCCAGCAGGGGCUGAAUUAGCAGUCAGGGGGCUUGGGGCCCUAGGCACCAAGAUGGACUUUGGGCACUUUAGAGGUAGGGAUGCCCUGCAUGGCAGAGCACAGCCUCCUUUACAGGGCACAGGAAAGGCUCCACUAGGCCACUGGAAGGCGUGGAGCAAGCCCGGCAUUCAGAUCCUGCCUGCUAAGCCAUUAGGCCUGGUCCACCAAGGUCACCUUUACCAUCCAAAUGGAGCCAGCGACCAGACACUUCUCUCUGAAUCAGGGGUUUAUGUGUCAGCAACAUUGGGGACCGCGUGGAUACCCCAUCUGCUAAUACCAUAAUGACAUAUCAAACAAAAGGAACAAUUUAGAAAGCAGCAAAGACUCCUGUAGAAAGUGAAACUGGAGUCAGGUUGUUUAUUUUCCUUGCAAGCACUGUGUCCUCUUCAGCUCCUCACAAUACAGGUCUGUCUUAGCACUGUUCCAUGUCACUGCCAUUUCCUAUGGCUAUGAUAGAUCUGGCUGUCUUUUUUUUUUUUUAAAUAACCAUUUCUCAUAUGUAAAUUUGUUCUGGGGUCAGUGGGACUGGGCUCAGACCACAUUUGUGACUUAAGGUAGAACUGAUUUGUAUUGAAACUGACUUCAUGUUGUCUGUGUUGGGCACUGGGACUCGGAAGUGAGUCAGAUGUGACCCUUUGCUCAGAACACUGGGGCUCUGGGAGACAAAGCAUAAACAGAUCAUUGUGUUUCAUUGUGAUGUGUGUAGUGACAGGGAACCCCAGGGAGGGUGUCACUGGGAAGUGCCUUUUCUAACUUUGUACUGGAACAUAUUUGUGCAACAGUGUGGAAAUGUGCAUGUACUGGGCAUGCCUGAGGUGGGGAGUUGCGUGCAUCUGGAGCACAGAGCUUAACUGCGAACUUUGUGCUGGGCUCUGUGCCAAGCACUUUAACUUAUUUUUCCAGCGGGUUUUUUUUUUCUUUUCUUUUCUUUUUUGUGGGGGAGGGAAUUAAUGGUUUUUAGUUGACAGUAAAUACAGUUGAUAUGUGUGUAAAAUUUCUCAGUUUUCUGCAAAACACUCUAGUCCCCCAACCCCCACCUGGGUCCUCCUCCACUAUUGUGUUCCAGAACCUGAAACACGCCCUAUAUAUUAUCAUAACACCUCCUUUAUGUUGGUGCAAUAUAUGGGUUUUUGUUUUUAAAAGUUUUUGAGAGAGAAGAUUCAGAGACAGAGACAGAGAGAGGACACACAAACCAAAGCAUCACUCUGGUACAUAGAAGGCUGGGGAUUGAACUUGGGACUUCAUGUUUAAGAGUUCUACGCUUUGUCCACUGUGCCAUCUCCCAAGAUGUCCAAUAAGGUUAUUGUCUAUGUGUCUGUUUUCUGGGGCUUUGUGGCUGGGUGACUCUACCACUCCUGGUGGACUCCUUUUCAAAAAUUUUGUUUUCAAAAAAUAUUUAUUUAGAGCUGGAGAUACAGCAUAAUGGUUAUGCAGAGAGACUCUCAUGUCUGAAGUGCCCAGGUCCCAGGUUUAAUCACCGG